CUUUCUUACAUGUGAUUAAAUGAUCGUGACUGUAAAACAAAUCAAUCAAUUUGUCUAUCUGAAAAUUCAUAGGACCAAGGAGCUAAAUGCCUCCUUCCUGUUCAGUCUUGGCCAACAUCAUAUUUUGAUCAGAUUUUGAAAUCUACUAGAGUUACGUGGCCAGAUGAGAAGACCUGAGUAGAGUUUGACAAUGGAGGCAAGAUCCAUAGUUAUUGGUGUGGAGGGAAUGACGUGCCACUCCUGCGUUCAGGCCAUUGAACAGCAUGUUGGGAAGAUGAAUGGCAUCCAUAACAUCAAAGUAUCUCUAGAAGAUAAGAAUGCCGUCAUUAUUUAUGACUCAAAACUGCACACUCCAGCAACGCUGCAGGAAGCAAUAUAUGACAUGGGGUUUGAUGCUACAUCAGCUGGUUCAAACCCACAACCUGUUUUACCUGACACAAUUUUUCUUACUAUUCCUACUCAAUCAGCUCUAACAUCUAAAGAGCUUCGUAGUGCGCUGCUGAAGAACAAAGGUAUCCUGGAUGUUAAGAUGUCUUCUGAUCAAAAAUCUGCAGUGGUGACUUUCCUUUCUUCGGUUGUAAAUGGCAAGCAGAUUGUCCAAAUGGUCCCAGGAGUGGGCUUAAGUAUUUCACCACCAGAAGUAACUCCAGGAACAUGUGAAGAUCCCAGCUGGUCUCCUGCAAGUAGUGUUUUGUUGCGCCUGAAAGUGGACGGGAUGACCUGCCAUUCCUGCACUAGCACUAUUGAAGGGAAGAUUGGCAAAUUGCAAGGAAUUCAACGGAUUAAAGUGUCCUUGGACAAUCAGGAAGCUGUUGUUGUGUAUCAGCCUCAUCUAAUUACAGCAGAAGAGAUCAAAUGCCAAAUCGAAGCUGCAGGUUUCACAGCAUCUUUCAAAAAGCAGCCUAGACCUCUUAAACUCAACGCUGUUGACCUGGAAAGGUUGAAGAAUACUCAGACCAAAACUUCUGACACAGCACCACUGAAAGAAAACACAAGAAAUGUGAAUGAUACAAAGACUGCUGUCUUCAGAAUCGAUGGCAUGCACUGCAAUUCAUGUGUCCUCAAUAUUCAAAGCACCAUAUCAACGCUCCCAUCAGUAACAAAUAUAGUUGUUUCAUUAGAGAAUAAAUCUGCUAUUGUAAAAUACAACCCGAACUUAAUUACCAUAGAUGUACUGAGAAGUGCCAUAGAGGCAGUGUCCCCACAGACGUUUAAAGUCAGCCUCCUUGACAAAUAUGAGAAUGUAGCACUUUUCCCUGCACUGGCGUCUCCACUGAAGUCUGUGAAGGAUGCUGGCCAGCCCCUUACUCAAGUCGUUGUGAUAAACAUCGAGGGAAUGACUUGCAAUUCUUGUGUGCAGUCUAUUGAGGGAGUCAUUUCCCAAAAGGCUGGUGUAAAAUCUAUUAAUGUCUCUCUGGCAAAUAGUAAUGGAAUUAUAGAAUAUGACCCUCUGCAGACAUGCCCAGAAGAUUUGCGAUGCUCUAUAGAAAAUAUGGGGUUUGAUGCUUCUUUGACAGAAAAGACAGGACCGCCUGCAGGAAUAACUCAGCCCACACCCAAAGAGCAGCCAGAAUCUGCUGUGCCUACCUCCAAAAUGUUACAGGGCUUUGUUGCUAAACAGGAGUCCAAGAGCUUGUCAAAGUGCUACGUCCAAGUCACAGGAAUGACAUGUGCUUCAUGUGUAGCCAACAUUGAGAGAAAUUUGAGAAGAGAAGAUGGAAUACAUUCAGUACUUGUUGCCCUAAUGGCAGGGAAGGCAGAGGUGAGGUACAAUCCUGCUGUCAUACACCCUUCAGCUAUUGCAGAGCUCAUACGGGAACUGGGAUUUGGAGCGACCGUGAUGGAAAGCAGUGGUGAAGGAGAUGGAAUUCUGGAUCUUGUUGUGAGAGGAAUGACAUCUGCUGCUUGUGUGCACAAAAUAGAAUCCACCCUCAUGAAGACUAAUGGUGUUUUAUACUGCUCAGUAGCUCUUGCAACCAACAAAGCACAUAUUAAAUACGAUCCUGAGAUCAUAGGUCCUCGAGAUAUUAUACAAGUGAUAAAGGAUUUAGAUUUCACAACUGCUUUAGUGAAAAAAGAUAGAUCUGCUAGUCAUCUAGAUCACAGACAGGAAAUAAGGCAGUGGAGAAGGUCUUUUUUUGUGAGUCUGGUUUUCUGUAUUCCUGUCAUGGCGAUGAUGAUUUACAUGAUGGUUGUGGACAGUCAACUCUCAGAUGCUCACAGACAUCUCAACAUGAGUAGUGAGGAAAUGGAGGCCAUUCACUCCUCUAUGUUCUUGGAACACCAGCUCCUGCCAGGACUGUCUGUUAUGAAUUUUCUGUCAUUCUUACUCUGUGUCCCUGUACAGAUAUUUGGAGGCUGGCACUUCUAUAUACAGGCAUACAAAGCACUGAAGCACAGAACUGCAAACAUGGAUGUGCUCAUUGUUCUGGCAACCUCCAUUGCGUUCGUCUACUCAUUUGUAAUUCUUCUAGUUGCAAUGGCUGAGAAAGCAAAAGUAAACCCUGUGACUUUCUUUGACACACCUCCCAUGCUGCUGGCAUUCAUCUCGUUGGGCCGGUGGCUAGAGCACGUUGCAAAGGGUAAAACCUCAGAAGCACUGGCAAGACUAAUUUCAUUACAAGCUACUGAAGCAACUAUUGUUACCUUGGGCCCCGAUAACAUUCUCUUAAGUGAGGAGCAAGUUGAUGUUGAACUGGUUCAGCGGGGUGAUGUUGUCAAAGUGGUGCCAGGAGGCAAAUUCCCAGUGGAUGGUCGUGUUAUUGAAGGACACUCUAUGGUAGAUGAAUCUCUUAUUACAGGUGAAGCGAUGCCUGUGACUAAGAAGCCUGGCAGCACAGUUAUUGCUGGUUCCAUUAAUCAGAACGGAUCGCUGCUGAUUUCAGCAACCCAUGUUGGAGCUGACACAACUCUUUCACAGAUUGUUAAACUUGUGGAGGAGGCCCAGACCUCAAAGGCUCCUAUACAACAAUUUGCAGACAAAAUUAGUGGCUACUUUGUUCCUUUUAUUGUGGUUGUCUCUGUGGUUACCCUCUUUGCCUGGAUUGUAAUUGGAUUUGUGGAUUUCGAAAUAGUAGAAAAAUAUUUUCUGGGGUACAAUAAGAGCAUUUCUGCAGCUGAAGUGAUAAUCCGCUUUGCAUUCCAAGCCUCUAUCACAGUCUUGUGUAUUGCAUGCCCCUGUUCCCUGGGGUUAGCAACCCCAACGGCUGUGAUGGUUGGUACUGGAGUAGGAGCUCAGAAUGGCAUACUGAUCAAAGGAGGAGAGCCGUUAGAGAUGGCACAUAAGGUAAAUGUGGUUGUAUUUGACAAAACGGGUACGAUUACCCAUGGCACUCCAGAAGUGAUGCGUGUGAAAUACCUAGUAGAGAGUAAUCGACUGCCACAUAAUAAAAUGCUGGCAAUUGUGGGAACUGCAGAGAGUAACAGCGAACAUCCCCUUGGAGCAGCAAUAACAAAAUACUGCAAAAAGGAACUGGGUUCAGAAACCCUUGGGACAUGUACAGAUUUUCAGGUAGUUCCAGGCUGCGGCAUUAGCUGUAAAGUCACCAAUAUAGAACCAUUGCUCUACAGGAAAAAUAAAAUGGUUGAAGAAAACAACAUGAGAAAUGUGACACUUGUAAAAGUUGAGGAACACGAGGAGGAAUUGGUGCAGCCUGCUCUGAUUAUUGAUGCUGACUUACCAACUGCAGUUACUUCUCAAAAAUAUUCUGUUCUCAUUGGUAACCGGGAAUGGAUGAACAGAAAUGGCCUUCUUGUUAAAAAUGAUGUUGACAAAGCCAUGAUUGAACAUGAGAGGAGAGGUCGCACUGCAGUUCUCAUAGCUGUUGAUGGAGUGCUGUGUGGCUUGAUAGCUAUUGCUGAUACUGUAAAACCAGAAGCUGAGCUGGCAGUCUACACAUUGAAGAAUAUGGGUUUAGAAGUUGUUCUAAUGACUGGUGACAACAGCAAAACAGCAAGAUCCAUUGCCUCUCAGGUUGGCAUCUCUAAAGUGUUUGCAGAGGUUCUUCCCUCUCAUAAAGUGGCCAAAGUGAAACAGUUACAGGAUGAAGGAAAACGGGUGGCCAUGGUUGGAGAUGGUAUCAAUGACUCCCCAGCACUCGCUAUGGCUAAUGUGGGAAUUGCUAUUGGCACGGGCACUGAUGUAGCCAUUGAGGCAGCUGACGUGGUUCUCAUUAAGGAUGACUUGAUGGAUGUGGUAGCAAGUAUUGAUUUGUCAAGGAAGACUGUCAAAAGGAUCCGGAUCAACUUUGUCUUCGCGCUAAUUUAUAAUCUUGUUGGAGUUCCCAUAGCUGCUGGUGUGUUCUUGCCCAUUGGUCUGGUUUUGCAGCCCUGGAUGGGAUCUGCAGCAAUGGCUGCCUCCUCUGUUUCUGUUGUGCUUUCUUCUUUGCUGCUAAAGAUGUACCAGAAGCCAAGUUCUGAGAAACUGGAGCUCCGAGCCCGUGGCCAAAUGAAGCAGAAGAGCCCGUCAGAAAUCAGUGUCCAUAUUGGAAUUGAUGACACUGGGACAGGCACUCGUAAGCUGAGUUUAAUGGACCGAAUCAUCAAUUACAGCAGAGCCUCCAUAAAUUCUCUCUUUUCCGAUAAGCGGUCAGUGAACAGCAUAGUUCUUAACGAACCAGAUAAGCACUCGCUGCUGGUGGGAGGUUUUGGAGAAGAUGAUGACACAACGUUAUGAAUGAUUUCCAAAAGGAAAAGAGAAAGGAAGUAACAAAAUGGAAAAAUAACUGAAACAACCUGGAAACUGCCUACAGGCUUGUGCAAGCAAAGAUCAUUUCUGGACGUCGUUACAGAUGCUUUUCUGCCUUUCUGGGGUUUAAUUUUAUCUAUACAGGUAUUUCUUUAAUGUAGAAAAUAAGUUUAUUUCCAAUGGCCUUCUAGUGUACUUUUUUUUUU